GCGGACAAGGAACAUGUAAAUGUAGUCAGGUCGGGUAACAUGUUUUAAGGGUUGAGUUUAAAUACCCACAUUCGCUGGUACAGAUAUCAGCUGGCAGUCAGUAUUAAUGAACAUGAUCUGACUGUUAUCAGUGGUAUUUGAUAUAUUCACCUGUACGAAUUUUCAGCUGUACUAAGUCACCUGAUAGCUGACAGCUGCUGUGAUCAGCGUUAAACACAAGCAGACUGUGGUACACCUCUUCAAUAGAGGUAGCUCUGUUUAGUUCAGUUUGUUAGCUUGGGGGUUUAAAGUCAGGUGUUUUUCCAAACACCUGAAAUAUGACGACGAAGAAGCCAGUCUCUGAGGAGAGCGAUGAGAGCACCCCUCUGACGUAUGACCCCACCUUUAAUGGGCCAAUCAAAAAGAGGUCCUGUACAGACAUUAUUUGCUGCCUGCUCUUUGUGAUAUUUGUGGCUGGAUUGGGUGUGGUGGCUUAUUUUGCAUAUACCUACGGAAAUCCACGGUUACUACUCUACCCUCAGGAUUCUCAAGGCAAUCUCUGUGGCUAUGGAACCAAGAAAGAUAAACCAAACCUGUACUUCUAUGAUCUGCUCACCUGUGCUAAGUUUGGGCCAGGUGUUUUUGUUGAUGGCUGCCCUACCCCACAGGUGUGUGUGUCCCAUUGUCCAAAUGACACCCGGGCGUAUCGUCGAGGGGGUGGCCUACCGGACCAAUGUGAUCCCGACACAUUCUGCUCAAAUCCCGGAGAUGACACCAAGACAUGUAAACAGAAAAUAGACAGUGAUGAGUGUCCAGCUUAUGUCCUCAAGAGUGAAGCAGUGCUCCACCGCUGCGUCCCUGAAGUCAUAUCUGGGAAAAUUCCAAAUUUUGACAGUCUUGUCGACAAAGAAGAUAAAAAACUCAAUGGGACAUCAUUAGAAGCUGGAGAAGAAUUCCUGAGACAAUUUCUCAAGGUCAAAGAAUAUUCAGACAAGGUCGUUCAGGAUCUGGUAGCCACCUGGUGGAUGAUAUUAAUAUGUCUGGUGGCUGCCAUGGUUAUCUCCCUUUUGUGGAUCACGCUGAUGAGAUGGAUUGCGGCUCCUAUGGUUUGGCUAACUAUCAUCCUCUUCUUGGGAAUUUUUGGAUUCUCUUGUUAUUAUUGUGUGCGAGGCUAUCUGAAUACAAAAGACACGGAACAAUCAUUCAACUUUCACUUGGCAAUCAUCACAUUGAACUUCAAGCAGUCCUCGUUUUGGUUAACUUUUGGCAUCAUUUCUGCCAUUCUGCUUCUCAUUGUACUCCUGAUCUUACUUUUCCUGAGAGAGAGGAUCUGUAUCGCCAUAGCAUUGAUUAAAGAGGGCAGUAGAGCUGUGGGCAGCAUGCUGUUCACCCUGCUGUGGCCAGUCAUCCCCUUCAUCCUGCAGAUUGGAGUCAUCAGCCUCUGGGCAGCCAUUGCUGUUUUCCUUGCCUCUGUGGGGCGCGGUGAAGGCGUCUCCAAGAACAACUUCACAGGGCUGACAGAUGAAGAGAUACAGAGACGGACAGAUAGCCUCUUCCAGAAAAUCCCAUGUGAUGUCAAUGUGAACAACUCUGGCAGUGACAUCUGUGGUAUCAUUAAGUAUGGAGGAGAUGAGUACACAUUUUACCUGCAGAUUUACAACCUGUUCAUGCUGUUUUGGCUGGUCAAUUUCUUCAUCGCUCUGGGACAGAUGACAUUGGCGGGUGCCUUUGCCUCGUAUUAUUGGGCAUUCACCAAACCAAAAGACAUCCCAACCUUCCCUCUGCUCUCCUCGUUUGGCAGGUGUAUCAGGUAUCACCUGGGAACGCUAGCGUUUGGAGCCCUCAUCAUCGCCAUUGUUCAGCUUAUCCGCGUUUUCCUCGAAUACCUGGAUGCAAAACUAAAGGCAGCUGAAAACAAAGUGGCCAAGUUUUUCCUCAAAUGUCUGAAAUGCUGUUUCUGGUGCUUGGAGAAGUUCUUGAGAUUCAUCAACAAAAAUGCCUACAUCAUGGUGGCUGUAUAUGGCAAAAACUUCUGCACUUCUGCUAAAAAUGCCUUCUUCUUAAUAUUAAGGAAUGCAGUCAGAGUGGUUGUGAUUGACAAAGUGACAGAUUUUCUGCUCUUCAUUGGGAAAUUAGUCAUUGUUGGAGCAAUCACAACAGCAGCUUACUUUUUCUACGAUGGCCGGAUCCCCUUUUUGACGGAGUACCAGCCUAAUCUGAACUUCUAUAUAAUCCCCGUUGUGGUGACAGCGCUGGGAUCUUACGUGAUAGCAGCUGCCUUCUUCAGUGUCUACGACAUGGCCGUUGACACACUCUUCCUCUGCUUCUUGGAGGAUCUUGAAAGGCAUGAUGGGACACCAGAGAAACCUUACUACAUGAGCAAAGAAUUGAUGAAAAUACUGGGAAAGAAAAACAAAACGCCAAAGGCUGAAUAACAGAUGAUCCAGGAGUUUUGAAGGGGAACAAACCUUUUGGAAACAUGCUGGUGGUAAACCAUCGUGGAUCAUGCAAGGAACUGCUAUUUUGUGACGUCAGUUUGGAGAGCAGUUUUAGAGUGAUUACCAAAUUAAGGUUUUUAUAGCAUUAAGGUCAGAAAUAUUGUUGAAGAUUUGAGACACUGAAUGUUCUUGGAAGGUUAUUGUAUUGUUGUAUUGUUCAGGUAUGUGGAAGGCUGUUUACUUGUGUUAAUUUAUAACCAGAAUUUUGAAAACAGAGAAAUACAUUAGCUUGUACAUGUACUUAGUGAGUUAAACUGUAUCUCUAAUGUGUUUGUCAAACAAACCCAAAACGUUUAAGUAGGGUGGGAAAAACUGAACUUUAUUUUGAUAGUUUUAUGCAAGCACAUUUUAAAAUAUGGAAUGCUGGACAUUCUAACCUUUACAGCUGUUAAAAGACAGUUAAAGGAGUGUGAUUUUUUUUGUCCCUAUUGCCCAGUCACCUGCGAACAAGAUGCGAGAUUUUAAUGGUACUCAUGUCAAGAUUUUAUGAACCGAGAAAAACAUCAACCUUUUGUAAAGUCUCAGCCAGUGAGAAAGAUUGAGAUGUUGAGCAUGCUCGUGUUAUUUGACUGUAUGCAGGCAUUCCUUUCUUAAAGAGAAAGUCUCUCUCUGUAGAAUGGGAUGAAAACAAGUUUAUACUAUUUGACAGUUGAACUGAGAAGAUAUGUCAAACUUUGUGUAAUUUCCAGUAUUAUUGGCAAGCCAUUCUAGUGUGUUACUUGAAGUGAAACAUACAUUGGUUUUAGUGUUUGUUCUCAGUCAGUAUUUCAACAGCAUUUAAUGCAUCUAAAUUUACAGUCAAAAUGGCAUUGGUUAGUCAAAAUGGCAUUGGUUAGUCAAAAUGGCAUUGGUUAGUCAAAAUGGCAUUGGUUAGUGAAUCCAAGUGUAUCAUUUGGCCAGAACUAAUUCACAUCUCAUAUUUACAGUUUUUGGAAUUUAUAUCAUUUUCAGUGAUUUUGUGGUCAGUCCAGUUGUGGAUGAAAGGUUGCAGAUAGACUGAAAGUAAAAAUUGACUACAUAUUCUUGAAUGGACCCAUACGUAUACAAGCCAGUGUGACUACAUAAAGCAUAUAGUCCAGUACAACUACCAAGCCUUAAUAGGGGAAAAAAGCCUUAAUAGGCGGAAAAAAUACACAGCCAUGGUCCUUGGACGUGAUCAUUGGGCUAUAUGACUGAGUUAACUUCCCAUAGACAACAUUCAGCUGGUGCUAGGCCUAUCUUGUUUAUGAUUGGCUGUUUAUUGCAUAUGGUCGAGUACAACUACCAAUCCGUAAUGGGAAGAAAAAGUUAUAGCCCUUGAAUAGGAUAUGCAUAGCACCAAUUAGAUGUUGUCUAAGGGAAGAUAACUCAGAGGUAUUAUUCAACGGGCUGUAUCACUGAGUUAUCUUCCCUUGGACAAAACUCGGCUGGUGCAAAGCCUGUCUUGGUCUGGGCCAUAACUUGGUGUUGAAGCCCAUCGAAGCAAUGGUUAUGACAGAUACCUAAAGAUGGUAGUGUGACUGGUAUUUGUUGAGAUCUGCUGGUCUAUUUUCCCGGGAGGUAUUUAAUAGCAGUUCAUCUGACAUAUACAUCGUGCGAGUAUUUUCUUUGCCUUAAGACUCUCUGCAGUCUGAUACAUUUAAGCAGAAUUCGAGAAAAAUGUCUAUAAAAGAUGUAAAAAGUUAUGGAGAUCUCCGAAUACAUAUAGGUGGCCAUGUGGUUCUUUUGACAGCAUAGUGCCAUAGUAAAUUCUGUAGUACCAUUUAAUGUUAAACCUGUGAACCUUUAAAUACUUAUUUUUUUUGCCUUUGAAAAUUGAAUAUCUUGUAAGUUUGUGUGAGAAUAUUGAGGUAGGGUCAUGUAUGUUUCAGACUUGAGACAGCGAUGGGAUUUCUGACAUAUUUCACAACAUGCCUUACACCAGACCUGAGCAUCUGGCCCUGGCGUCACAAAGCAAUCUUAGACUUAAGUCAAAAUUUCAGAUCAGUUUAAAACUCUCAUUUAUGAUGUAACAAGGUCAAAAUAUUGCAUGAUAAUGUAAAUUCUGAGUAAGUUAUUGUACAACAAAUUUCAGUUGAAAUAACAGAAAGGAACAUACCAUAUUUAAAGAUUAAAAUUUUGACUCCAGUCUAACAUUACUUGGUGAUAUAGGGACUGAGCUAGGAUUCACACCUGAAGAAGUAAUUUACACCUCGCUUGUUACUAUGGCAAUGUGUGAAGUCUAUGCCUUUAAUCUGUUGCUAAGUAUUAGCCUUAAUAUCUGGAAUCAGUCGUUUUUCAUCUAUAUUCAA